AUGUUGGACAUCUACUGCCCGGUUCAGUGGGAAUACGGCAGGUUGAAUAUGAACUACACUGUGGUAUCAAAACGGAAAAUCUUGAAGCUUAUUGACUCCGGAAUUGUGAAAGAUUGGGAUGAUCCGCGACUAUUCACACUUGCUGCUUUACGUCGUCGUGGGAUCCCGCCCGAGGCGAUCAACGCAUUUGUGGCUAAGUUGGGUUUGACGAUGACCCAGAUGGUGAUCGACCCUCAUGCUCUGGACGCCACUGUUCGAGACCAUUUGAACGUCAAUGCUCCAAGGUAA